AUGUCGACAACAGAGACAAUACAGAUAGCUGCCAUAAAGACAGCAGAAGAGUCGUCGUCUCCGUCUUCUUCUUUGUCAGCAUCCUCAAAGAUCGACUUUUCAAGCACGCAGACUACCAAUGAACAAACACAGCAGCCACAGCAACAACAGCAAGAUCAAGCAAGCCGUCUUCAAAAGGCUAAAAAAGUAGCCUACACCUUGUUUGUUCGAUACUGGUUUUUGCUUGGAUUGGGCAUCGUUAUUGGAUUGGCAUGGGCGUUCCCUCAGGUGGGCAAAGCCAACGGAGACAUCCAAGCUCAAUAUACGGUGAAAUGGGGAGCAGUUAUCGUCAUUUUUUUACUGUCAGGUCUCGGCUUAGAAGUAAGCACCAUGCUGAGGACAAUUCUUCGGUGGCGUCUUCACUUGAUUGUACAAGCCAUCAAUUUCAUUCUGCUGCCAUUUGUCAUGUACGGCAUUGUACGCUUCUUUAUAUCUGUGCAUGCUAAUCUGGAUACGACUGUGUACAAGGGAUGGAUGAUUGCGCUGUCAACAAGCACCACUGUCUCGUCUAAUGCCAUCAUGACUCGAAAUGCAAACGGAAAUGAUGGUGCAGCACUCUUCAAUGCUGCUUUGGGCAAUGUGCUGGGUAUUUUUGUGUCGCCCGCAUUGAUGACAGCGUUUCAGAAUGAUCCCAUUGUCUUUGAACCAGGCACUGAUCGAGGAAAUCCAGAUUAUUUGAGUGUGCUCAAGACACUGGGUAGCACAGUAUUAGCUCCUUUGGUGGUGGGACAGAUCAUACGCUACCUAUUUUCCGCACGGGUAAAGUAUUUGGCAGCAAAGUGCAGGUUCUCCAUCAUCAACAGCUUGGCUCUGCUGUGUCUUGUGUGGUCUGUCUUUUGCGAUGGCGUAGCCAGCGAUGCGUUUACCAAGAUGACUGGUGUCGACAUUGUUGCCAUCAUCUUUGUGGAUAUUUUCAUGUAUCUGUUUGGCUGUGCAGCUUGCUUGUUUGUGGCAAGAUUACCAUGGCCCACUCGCUAUGUAAAGGAGCCAAAAUGGAUUGCAAAAUGGAGAUUCUCGAGAAAGGAUGCUGUGGCUAUUAUGUAUUGUGGUGCCACUAAAACUGUGUCCAUGGGUAUUCCUUUGAUUAACGUUCUCUAUUCGGAUAGCAGCUACGGUGUUGUUGGUGUUCUGUCCCUCCCAUUGUUGAUGUAUCAUAUUUGCCAGCUCUUUAUAGGUAAUUUUCAGGUGCCCAUGUUGAAGAAAUGGAUAGAGAAUGAUCCUGCAGAGGAUGAUAUCCUCGAUAAUACAGAAGUUUUGCCUACUAGAGAGGCAGCAGAAUCAAUACAACUAUCAACCAUGAGACGAAGAGCCAACUAA